AUGCCAAAGACAACAAAUCAGAUACAUUUUAUAUACAUUAACAUGAGAAUCCCUAUCGUUCUCAUUACAAAUAUACUCUGGUUGGUUGGAAUUAUUAAUUCCAAAUCAACGCCGGAAAAAAUAGCCGGAAAUCAGGCCGAAAAAGGCCAAAAUGUAGAUCAGUACAUAACAAUCGAUAUUUCUUCAAAUUCAGAAGUAAAUAGUUUUUAUUUUUUGAAUUCACAAAUAAAUGGAGUGAAUACAGUCAUUUUCUUUCCAAAUACACAGAAGAAGGUCCAGCAAAUAAGGGACGGUAACACUUUGCUGUGGAAUAUGGAACCAAAUGAACAAUUCAUAAUAGGUUUCAUAUCUAAAAUGACAGGAUCACAGGACCACAUCAUCAGUUUGAUGGUAAACACGCCUUCUGAAAUUAAGAAGUGGUACUAUCAAUACACGAAUGGCGCGUACAGUAUAGUUAAUAUAUUUAGGUAUUUGGACCUCUUCAACCUGUUCAAGUCGAAAGUAGAUAGGUCCCCAUUCACGUUGGACCUUGCCAAAGAUGAAAUCCCAGAGGUUAUGGACAAAGGUGCUUUAUUAGGAAGAAAUAAGGCCUCAUUGUUUAUCCCGACUGCAGGAUACAAAGCAAAUAAGAUUGUAUUCGGAGGACUGAAUGUGUAUGACGGAUCGCACAUACAAAUGGAAGUACCAAUCGCAAUCGCCUACGAGAUUCAAGGAAUGUCGUACCUUGACUUGAUGCUCGUGAAAGAAGGGCAGAACACAGGACACAUACACAGCUACCAGUUCAUCUCAGACGGAGACACGAGGCUAAUGGCGACAUCAGGUCCAGUCUCGAUCUUUGACAUUUUUGUGGCAAGAGUGAGUCCGAACGACAUCAAUCAGCCAAUUUCGCAUCCGCGCGUGAGGGAGAUCAGGAGGCAAAAUCUGUAUUACCACGACAUCAGGCAAAUCAACCUCGACCUCAAAAAUGUUGACCUGAGCAUGAUACACACCGAGGAGUUCAAGGUUCUCAACAUUAGAACGAUUAAGUACAUGCCAAUGGGAGUCAUGAUCACGUCUGUUAGCUACGGAAGGAAGCUCCUGUGGAGAAGCAGCGAAGACGAGGUACGAUGUACGAACGUAAUUACGCACUCAGUGAGCGGGAUCAUGCAGUCGAUUGAGAUCACGAUCUUGGAUAACACGGCCACUACAAGUGUAAAAAUUAUCCCAUUCCAGACCAUAGCCGAUGACGAGAGCGAGACCGUCGAAGGCAGUGUUGAUGUGCCAAAUCUUGCGAUCAGGGACGGCAGGUGGGUUUACGACGAGUCAGUCGCUACAGGCCAGGGUACAGAUCCUCUGAACACUCACCUGUUUACACCUCCAAACUCGCCUGAGGCGACACUCUCGACGCCGCCAAAUAGCCCAGCAAGGACGAACCCCAAUACUCCGGCAGGCACGCCUCCACCCAGUCCAAUGGCAUCACCACGUAACAGCUUCUGCUCAGAACACGGCUCUCUUGAGAAUUGCGAGCACCUCCACCACAAAUUCUACAACGACGUUGACUACCCUCCAGAACAUGCAAGCACCAAUGCCCAUGAUGGUGUCUUCGAUGACUUCACUAUUGAAGACAACUCGUUUGACCCAAUUCACCCACCUCAAGGUUUCAGAGACAAUGAACACGGCCUGCACGGAUACUACGAAGACAUUGAUCCUGAGGACUACAUUGACUCGAGGUUCGACGACCAUUCGAUCCCUGGCUCUGGGGACGAUAUGACACUGGACAUUUCGUCGGAUGAGUCGAGGUCGAAGAUGUACGUCAUUGACGGACGAAAGUACGCACCCUUCAUGUUCCUGACUCCGCACCUGAACCAGAAGAUUCAGACAGUGGUAGACGGCUCUCAGAUGAUCUGGGACGGCUCAAUGCUUGAUCAGAUGCUGAAGUACGUCACGCUGUACAUGGACAAGGAGGAUGUCAAGGGCAUGUACCUGAUGAUAUUCCAGGAAAUGGCAAUUUUGAACAAGUACUACUUCAAGAAGGCUGGAAAGUGGAUUGAAAUAUCCUCUGAAGAGUACACGAACAGCACGAUGUAUAAAGAGGAGACGAGGUCCGACAAGGAGGACCAGAAGAAAAAGUCGGACGACAAGGACGACUCGAAGGAGAGAGAGCUCCACGUGUCUAUCAUGGUCCCAGUGAUACUAGGCUCACUCUUCCUGAUUGUGUCAGUGUGCUCUCUGAUCUUUAUGCUCUUCUUCUGCUAA